AGCAGCAGCAGCAGCAGAAGAAGAAAAAUGCCUCCAAAAAAGGGUGCGAAGCUUCCGGCCGCCGCCAAGAAGAAGGCGGAGAAAGUUGUUAACCCCCUCUUCGAGAAGAGGCCGAAGCAAUUCGGGAUCGGCGGCGCCCUCCCGCCCAAGAAGGAUCUUCACAGGUUCGUAAGAUGGCCGCAAGUUGUGCGGAUUCAGCGGAAGAAGAUGAUCUUGAAGCAGCGGUUGAAGGUGCCGCCCCCGAUUCACCAGUUCUCGAAAACACUGGACAAGAACUUGGCAACAAGCCUAUUCAGAAUGUUGCUCAAGUAUAGACCUGAGGAUAGAGCUCAAAAGAAAGAUCGACUCUUGAAAAGAGCUCAAGCUGAAGCAGAGGGCAAAACGCCUGAGACCAAGAAACCCAUUGUGGUGAAGUAUGGUCUCAACCAUGUGACAUAUCUGAUUGAGCAGAACAAAGCACAAUUGGUCGUCAUCGCCCAUGAUGUCGAUCCUAUUGAGUUGGUUGUGUGGCUACCUGCUUUGUGCAGGAAGAUGGAGAUCCCAUACUGCAUUGUCAAGGGCAAAGCUAGAUUGGGAAGCAUUGUCCACAAGAAAACUGCCUCUGUUCUAUGCUUGACCUCAGUAAAGAAUGAGGACAAGAUGGAAUUCUCCAAAAUCCUGGAGGCUAUCAAGGCCAAUUUCAAUGACAAGUACGACGAGACCAGGAAGAAAUGGGGAGGCGGUGUCAUGGGAUCGAAGUCACAGGCCAAGACCAAGGCUAAGGAGAGGGUCCUUGCCAAAGAGGCUGCGCAGAGGAUGAUCUAACAAGUUCUUGGGUUUUUAUUUGUCCAUUAGCUAUAGUUUUAAAUGCUGCUAUUGUUUUACCCAUAUCAAACAUGAAUUUUGUUUUUUUUUCUUUUAAUGCUCUACUUUUUUAUCUUGUUUGGAGUAGACUGGGAUAAAUCUUUCUUUAUUGCGCGUUGAUGUGUUUUGUUUU